CGGCUCAAACCGUUCAGUCCGGAUUAGUUUUUCUGGUCAGGAUUUGGCCGGAAUAAAUUCGCCUUUUUUGUACGGCCUGCAGAGAUGUCGUGGGAUUUUAUCCUACCAGUUUGUUCGGACGAUCUCGUGAAGUCUGGUGCUGUUAACCAGUAUGUGGUUCAAGAUGUGCUGUCUAUUAAACAGCUAAACUCUCAUAUCAACAGUUUUAAAGCAGCAUUGAGAAGUCAAGGGCCCCUGUGCAUCCUGGAGCAUUUUGACACAGCAUACAGUGUUUUGCAACAUUGUCGCACAGUUGAUGUGGCAGUAAAAGAAGACACGCUGGAGUUGCUGAUACAAGUGGUCAGGGGCCUGUCUGUUUCCCUGCCGACCCUUCUCCUGUCAGGCUCUCUGUCAGCCGUGGACCGCAAACAGCAGCUCAACGCCGUGAAGAUGAGUGUUUUUCUUCUUUGCAAACUCACAGAAACACUUGAGAGUGACUCGUACAGGGAGACUAUAGUCACGGCACCCAGCAAGGGUCGUAAGAAGGAUAAAGCUGCCGGAAAAGGUCUCCUGCAGUGGGACAGUGAGAGAGAGACCGUUCUUCAGUGUUUGACUCAACUGCUGCAGCUGGACAUUCGCACACUGUGGAGUCUGUCUCUAGUGGAGGAGGAGUUUGUUAGUUGUGUGACAUGCUGUUGCUAUAAACUCCUGGAAAACCCCACCAUAAACCACAUGAAGAGCAAGUCCACCAGAGAUGCCAUCAUUCAUGUGCUAGGAAUCAUGGUGAAGAAAUACAAUCACAUGUUGGGAGCAUGUGUGAAGGUGAUUCAGCUCUUGCAGCACUUUGAGCAGCUGGCAUCAGUAUGUGCUCAAGCUGUGGCUUCCUGGAGCUCGGAGUAUGGGGUCAAGGUCAUCGUCGGAGAGAUCAUGAGAGAGAUUGGUCAGAAGUCAAGUGAGGAACUAGCCAGAGAAGGUUCAGGUGUGAAGGCUUUCUCCAGCUUUUUGUCAGAACUCGGUACUCUGGUACCUGAAACCAUGAUCCCCAACAUUAGUGUUCUCCUGACACACCUGGAGGGAGAGAGUCCGAGUCUACGGGUGGCAGUGUGUGAGGUUCUCGGUGAGGUUCUUGUCCGGGUUUUGUCUGGUGAUCAGCUGGAUGAUUCUGCUCGUUCAAGCCGAGAUCGUUUCCUGGACACAUUGCAGGAGCACAUCCAUGAUGCCCACUCGCAUGUCCGAGCACGUGUGUUACAGGUGUAUGCACGUGUUGUCAACAGCAAGGCCUUGCCCCUGUGCAGGUACACAGAAGUUAUGGAGCUGACCGUUGGGCGUCUGGGUGACAAGUCUGUCCAUGUGUGUAAGAGUGCUAUCCAGCUGCUGGCUGCCUUCAUCGCUCAUAACCCAUACAGCUGCAAGUUGAGCAGUGUGGACCUGACAAAUCCGCUGGAAAAAGAGAUGGCCAAAUUAAAAGAUAUGAGAGACUCUCAAAAAGAGCAAGUUCCUGUUGCAGUCAUAACAGCAGCUGAUCUUUGGGAUGCAAUGAAGCCUGAGUUGGAGAUGACUGUGAAAGCACAACUAGAGCCUGGCAGUGAGGAAGAGGAGAAUGAAGAAGAGGAGGAGACCGGGGGAGAGGAGGAGAGAAGCGACCGAGACACUGCUUUACAAAUUGCACAGCUACUCCGGGAAAGCAAAUACAGGAAGGCAGUUGGUCUGUGCAUACGGGCUCACUCACUAUACCCAGAGUCAUUGUUCUACUCAGAUCUGGCUGACCUAAAUGCAGAAACCCUCAUCAAAACUCUUGCAACACUUUUCAAGGGCCCAGAGCAGGAGACACCUCAGGCUGUGUCGAGCGACGCUCCACCCACCCCACAGAAAGAGGGUGGAGGGAAUGAUGGUAGAGAGAGUGAACUAAAGAAGCAGGAGAUGUUGGUUCAAUAUUUGAAAGACACAGAGAGCUUCGCUCUUCAAGUGGAAAGAGCUAUCGCUGUCAUUAACAACAUGCUGUACUGGAAAACCACUACAAUUGUGCAGGAGGCAGUGCAGUUCUGUGUCACAGCGUUUGAGUUUAGUGUGGCCAACUCUGUGUGUGGGGUCAGAAAGAUGCUGCCUCUUGUCUGGUCCACUGAUGUCACAAUCAAAGAUGCCGUCAUUCAGGCCUACAGACGCCUGUACCUCAACCCCCACGGUGACAACACCAGGGCGAAGGCUCAGACUCUAGUGGAUAAUCUGUCGGAUCUGACGAUCGAUGCUUCAUUGGGGACCGUCCAGUGUCUGGAGGAGAUUGUCCAGGAGUUUUUCAGCAGUGAGAGUGCCCUGCAGACUUCAGUGGUGCAGGUUUUGUGGGAGAGGUUCUCUGGUAGACGAGAGACUAAAGCACUUCACAGAAGAGCUGCAGUGCUAUUGCUGGGCAUGGCGGCACGUGCUGAGAGGGAGGUGGUUCUCAGUAAUUUGGACACACUCUGCUCUGUCGCUCUGGGUGAGAAGGUUGCAGAAGAUUAUCUGCUGGCUCGGGACACACUCAUCACCAUUGCUAACAUUACAGACCAUGUGAGGCAAUCCAAGGGUGUUCCCUUUAGGCUUCCUAUGGACCACCAUCUCUUCAGCAGUUUGUCCCAAGCCAUUGCUGAUGGAGUAGUCCAGUCCGAUCCCCACUGGCAGACCUUCAUGGAACAGGCUGUCCGUCUCAUCUACUUUUUGGCAGAGUCCCCUGACCAGCUGUGUUCCCGCCUCCUCCAGCGGUCUGCUCAUCUCCUAUUGGAACAAAUCACAGAGGGUGGAGAGCCCAACCAAUCACAACUGCAGGAAGGCGGGUCUCAGGGCUCUGAGGAGCAAGUGAAUUGCGUGAGCUUGGCCCAGGUGCUUUCACUGUGUGGAGCUGUGGCCUUCUGGCAGGUGUCUCACCUUGAGAGAAGUGUAAGUGCUGAGCUGCGGAGGAGAAGAGGAGAAAAGGAAGAGGAGGAGGAGAAGGAGAAGGCACCUGCCAACAAAAAGGAGGCUAAUGACAGUUGUGUGGAGGAGGAGCUCGGGCUAGUGGGCGCCUCAGCUGAGGACACUGAGGCGGAGAUUAUCCGCAAGAUCUGUGAGACUGAGUUAUUAUCUGAAGGGAACAUGUUGAGUGCCUUUUUGCCUUUGCUGGUGAAAGUUUGCAGCUCUCCUGGGAAAUAUUCCCACCCUCAGCUCACCACUGCUGCCUGCCUGGCUCUGUCUCAGUACAUGAUGAUCAGUCCUGCUGUUUGUAAAGACAAUAUCCGGCUGCUGUUCACUGUGCUGGAAAAAUCUCCACUUCCUGUUGUCAGAGCCAACACAAUUGUUGCUCUUGGUGACCUAACCGUCCGCUUUCCCAACAUCCUGGAACCCUGGACGCCCAAUCUUUACGCCAGUUCAAUAAACAAGUACUGCCUGGACAACGCCAUUUACAACCUGCUGCCAGACAUCAUCAGCCGAUUAUCUGAUCCUGAACGUGGAAUGAAGGAGGAGGACUUCAACACCAUUAUGAAACAACUCUUCUCCUACAUCACUAAAGAGAGACAGACCGAGAGUUUAGUGGAGAAGCUCUGCCAGCGAUUCAGAACCGCAAAGACUGAGCGUCAGUGGGCAGAUCUGGCCGUCUCUCUGUCCUUGUUGUCGGUGUGCGAGCGAGGUUUCAAAAAGCUGCAGGAGUGCUGGGACUGUUACAGUGAUAAACUCGCUGAGCCUGGAGUCUAUCAGCCCCUCCUGUCCAUUGCAGCCAAACUCCGUCGACGAGCCAAACCACAGUUUAAGGCGCAGGUUGAAGACUACGAGAAGCGCUUGACGGCUGUUCACACUAAAGGGCUGGAGAAUGUGGAGAACGAGGAGAGAGAACAGCAGACUGGAGACGCACAAAGUCAAAACCUAAAAACGCCACAGCCACAGAAGAGCGUGCGCAAAAGCACACGAGGACGUAGUAAACCGAAGUUACAUGACAGCGACCUUGUAACCCCAAGAAAAUCUCGCUCUCGUCCCAAACCUGCCAUCACCUUUACCAGUGAUGAAGAAGAGGAAGAAGAUGCUGUCAUGGCUGAGAGUGAGACGCCUAAAGUGACGACACCCAUUGCCCGCACGCGACGCACUCGUCUCAGACACUGAGCACUCUUUUUUUUCCAGUAUAUCCUUUUUUUUUUACUUUUUUUUUUUUAAUACCUCUAAUAGUAAUUUGGUUUUAGAAAGAUGAUGUCUGUGACUGUCAUUUAUAAAUGUUUUAGUUGCCAUCAAUAUGGUAUGUG